AUGGAAAAGAAACCGCACUUCGUUAGGAGGGAAUUUCCUCCCAGGGAGGUGUCGUCUGUCUCAUUGGCGUUACUGCUCGCGGCCGUCCUGCUCCUUAAUGCCCUUCUCUACCUGUACCUCAACAAGUUCUACAUCUCCUCGGGACGCGCCGAAACGGACCCCGGCCUCUGCUCUUUCGGGUACUUCAAAUUGGGAGCGGUGAAGAAUUGUUCCCCAUGGCUCUCCUGUGAAACCAUAAAUAGGGAAGUCAGGAAACUCAAGUGUGUUGGUGAAGGCGCUGUGAAAAAGGUCUUCCUUUCUGAGUGGAAGGAAAACAAAGUAGUCCUUUCACAGCUCACCAACUCAGAGCUGAAGGAGGACUUUCUCCACGGACUGAAGAUGCUGAAAGCACUUCAAAGCAAGCACGUUGUCCGGCUCCUUGGCUACUGUGAGCAGCAGUUCACAAUCCUCACCGAAUACCAUCCUCUAGGCUCCCUGAGGGGCCUGAAUGAAACUCUCCACAUCCCCAAGUACAAGGGCAUGAACACCUGGCAUCGCAGGUUGAUGCUUGCUAUAGACUACGUGAGCAUCAUUCGGUACCUGCACAGCAGCCCUCUGGGCACCUUAGUGAUGUGCGACUCAAAUGACCUGGACAAGGUCCUCUCUCAGUAUCUCCUUACAAGUGACUUUCACAUCCUGGUGAAUGAUUUGGACGCUUUGCCUCUUGUGAACAGGAGUGCCGGCAGGCUGGUGAAGUGCGGUCAUCGGGAGCUCCGGGGCGAGUUUGUGGCUCCUGAGCAGCGUUGGCCCUAUGGAGAAGAAGUGCCAUUCGAGGAUGACCUCAUGCCCCCCUAUGAUGAGAAAACAGACAUCUGGAAAAUCCCAGAUGUCUCCAAUUUUUUCUUGGGCCACGUAGAAGGAAGUGACAUUGUGCGACUGCAUUUGUUUGACAUCCAUGCAGCAUGUAAGAAGAAGGACCCGGCUGAAAGGCCUUCUGCCCAAGAGAUCUUAGACACCUACAGGAAAGUUUUAACUCUGCUUAUUCGGGAGGCGGCCAUGCCUGGUACUAGGGAAAUGUUAUAGUGAAUCAUGAGACAAACAACAUACUGAAUUUGAUGUCCUUCCUAUUUAUUUAGCUUGCCUGAAGGGCAAAAUCUCUGUCCCUAAAACUGAGAAGAUAAGAACAACCGAACUUGUACCUUUUGAUUUAAAAAAAAAAAAAAAAUCCACCCAAUGCUG